AAGUUUCGAGUAAGAUCCGGGCAUCCGGCUCCCCUCCACCUCCACGUGGGAUUCGCGUGAAUUUCCCCGUCGUUCUCCAAGGACUGUGCCCCGAACCAUCCGCUUCGGAGGGGCUCGCUUUGAGUGAGAUCCAGUUCUUGGGCCGCCAUUGCUGCGGCGCCCACGUCCGUUCCCGGCAACAGGAGGAGGUCUCUGUGCAUGCCCGUCAUCUCCCCCCUUCCUUUCUCGCUUUUGCCAGCGCCGGCUGCUCCCGCGGCGUCGCGAGCUCGCUGGAACAGCUUCCCGCACCACCGGCUUUUGCGAGUUGAAACAAAAGCAGGCAUGUGCAGCAACGGUUUUGAUUCAACUAACUGCCUUCAUAUGGAGGAGGUUGAGCCGAAUUUAUCCCCAUUUCUCCACAAGCUUUUUAAAGAGUGGGAUGACUGCAAGGCGAGGGGAUUGUUUCACCACAACAUCACUACCUGUGAGACCAAGGUGCUACCUGGAGAACACAAUUUUGUUGCAACAUUGAUAGAAGGGCGUGACCAGAAGAAGCGGCCAACUGAAUUUGGAAUGAACCAAGUCCUCCAACCAUUUCAUAGUGACAAGUUCAAUUUCACUAAAGUUAAACCGGAGGAGGUGAUCUUCAGGUUCCAAGAAACUGAGAAUGAUUCUGCCCAGUAUUUUGACGGAGCUCCUCCCACUGUUUCAGCUUCUCCUAGCAGCAUUUUGAUCAACGUGAGCCCAAUCGGGUACUGUCAUGUGCUUUUGAUCCCUCAAAUCCAGGAAUGCUUGCCGCAAAGGGUUGAUCGAGAGAGCUUCUUACUGGCCAUGUACGUCGCAAGGGAGGCAAAGAAUCCAUUCUUCAGAGUUGGCUAUAACAGUCUGGGUGCUUUCGCAACAAUCAAUCACCUCCAUUUCCAAGCAUACUAUCUGAAAGUGCAGUAUCCAGUCGAAAAGGCGCCAACAGAAAAGCUCACAGUCGUAGGGAACGGUGUCAGCAUUUCUCAGCUGGUGCGGUACCCAGUAAGCGGCUUUGCAUUUGAAGGGGGAGCGAGCCUGGAGGAUCUGUCACAGGUCGUCUCAGAUGCAUGCAUCUUCUUGCAAGAGAAUAACAGACCUUUCAAUGUCCUUAUCUCUGAAUCUGGCAAGAGAUUAUUCCUUCUACUACAGUGCUACGCUGAGAAGCAGGCUUCCGGGAAGGCGAGCCAGGAAUUCCUCGACAUGAGAAUCAACCCAGCGGUGUGGGAGCUCAGCGGCCAUCUGGUUCUGAAGAGGAGGAAGGACUACGACGAAGCAUCUGCGGCAACACUAUGCGGGUUUUUGGUUGAAGCGUCCCUGUCUGAAGCAGAGUUCCAGGAGCUGAAGAAGUGCGUCUUGGAGUUCCUGGCCAGUGCAAGUCCUGAAAAGUGAAAAGUAGAGAUGAAACCAAACCAAUUCUGAGGUGCUGAUCAGUAAUGUUGGGUGUGCUAAGUCGUUUCAGAUAUGCUGUCAGCUGUCAGUUCAGCAUGGUCCUGAGGGUCUCUAUGAUUGUUCCAUGUAACCAACUAAGUUGGUGACAACUUGUACAUUGUCCUUCACUGUUUCGGAGCCGAAUCACUCCAUUUUUAAUCAAAGCCUCAAA